CGGCGGCGGCGGCGGGGCCGGUGGAGAAAAGCUCCUCUAUGAACGCCCUUCAGAGAGACUCGCCUGUGAAUCACAUUUUCCACCUCCAACACUGUUACUUCAGACUGGGCCCCCUUCGGAGGAACACAUGCAACAAAACCUCUCUUCCUCAGCGAUAGCCCCACUGAAACAAGUCGAUGUGCUGCUGCGCAGGGAGCGGGGCUAUAAACACACGGGAAGAUCAAUACAAUCGACUAAUCGAAAACUUCAGAUUGAACCUCAAGAUUUUCCAGUAAAGUUUUUUUUUUUUUUUUUUUAUCUUUUCGAUGGGAGAUUACAACCUCUUCAUCCCUCUGUCAAUCAACAAACCCCAAUGGAGCCGUCUGAGUUAUAUGGUAGUCUAUGGUAGUUAUUGACAUAUCGUUGAUCAUCGGGGAGUGAGUAGGCGGUAGCACUGACAUGGAUCUUCAGGUGGUUGUCUGGCUCUUCUACAGCUUUCUGCUCCCCGCCGUGCUCUUAACAGCUUGUCUUUUUCGCUACAACAUCCUGUCACUGGUUUAUUUCCUCUAUCUGCUGCUACUGCCGUGGUUCCUGUGUCCCAACAAACACACAAUCAGAGGUCCCACAGGUCGCUUUAUCAGAGCAGUAUUCUGUACCAGUCUACUAUUUAUACUGGCUCAUAUCUGCUUCCUGACAGUACUAUAUACGUAUCCUCCCCUCACCAUCGCCAUAGGUGAUAACUGUUCACAAUGGGACACCAUAACCAGACAUAUAGGAGUUUCCAGGCUUCCCUUGGAUGAUCCUUGGAGUGUGUUACGCCUUCUGUGUCCUGAUCUGGGCGUGUGUAUAGUUGCCUUGGUAAAAGUUGUCCUCUGCAGCAGAUUGGUCAGGAACAGAGAAAUGGUGGCUGCUGCCAAUAUCACAAUGCUAGAAGAUGAUCCAACGGAUAAAACCACAAAUGAUGAAGAUGAUGAUGAGGAGGAGGAGGAAGAGGCAUCAGGAGAUGAAGAUGGCGGAGAGAGGUCAUUACCUGGUGACCUCAAUGAGGAAGUUUCCACAGCAACCAGAGCCAAGCAACUGGCUGAGCGUUUGAAGGCCACAGCUCGGAAAGUUCUGCGGGACCUGGGGAGAAUCUUAGCCAUCAGCCUGCUGGCUUUGGCAGGCAUCACACUGCCCUCUGCCUUCUCAGCCAUCUAUUUCCUACUUUUCAUCGGUCUGUGCACGUGGUGGGCAUACCACCUCCCCAUCAGUCACCUGGGUUUCAAUGCACUUUGUGUGAUGGUGGGCUUCUUCACUGCUGGUCACAUGAUUUGUCUGUAUUUGUACCAGAGUCUACUAGCCCAGGCCUUGUUCCCCCCACACAGUCUGUGGGCCAGACUUUUUGGUCUGAAGGACAUCAUCAUACCAGGAAACUGCUCCUCGCCCUAUGACCUCAACCUCAAUGACAAUCAUGAUUGGCCAGUUUAUGUCAACCCAGGAAUACUGUUCCUCCUCUACAUUACCAUAGCAACUGUUCUCAAGACGGGAUGUCAUGGAGCACCUAACCAGCAGGUUGAGGAGGAGCUGCAACAGGAGAAAGGGGAAGAGUUAGAGGAGGAGGUGGUGGAGUUAAGGUCAUGGAAUCAGCAGAAAGAUAACUAUGAAGAUGACACACAGCUCAUGCUCAUGUCUGUAGGAACAGGAAGCAGCAGAGGAGGAACUGUGGCUGCAGAGAGCCAGCCAGAUCUGGGUGUUAGUGGAGUCUCCAGUGGCAAGCAGAGUGAAAGUCCGUUUGACCUGCUGGGAAAGGUGGUCAUGCAGCAGAGCUAUGUCUGUGCUCUCAUAGCCAUGAUGGUUUGGAGCAUCACAUACCACAGCUGGCUGACCUUUGUGUUGCUGUUGUGGGCUUGUCUCAUCUGGAUCCUGCGUGCCAGACGGCAUGCAGCCACACUGUGCUCUCCAUUCAUCCUACUGUAUGGCCUGGCUUUGUGCUGUCUGCAGUAUGUAUGGGCCAUGGAGCUUCAGCCUGAACUGCCCAACACUGUGGGAACCAUGAGCCUCAGACAACUGGGACUGGACAGAGCCCAGUAUCCCUGUCUAAGACUGGGAGCUAUGCUUCUGUUCACUUUAACUUUCUGGCUAUUGGUACGUCAGUCAGUGAAGGAAAACUUCAGCAGGAAGAGGAAAAUGGCCACACCACUACAGGAAGUCACUACAGGAGAGGGGGCUGGUAAUGAAUCUGUGCUGAAGGUUCUGGGAGGCAUCGUGAUGAGCUGUUAUGCCAAAUACUGGAUCUAUGUGUGUGGAGGAAUGUUCAUCAUGGUCUCCUUUGCUGGGAAACUCGUUGGAUACAAGAUCAUCUACAUGCUCCUGUUCCUGCUCUGCCUCUGUCUCUAUCAGGUGUACUAUUCUCUAUGGAGGCGUCUGUUGAAGCUUUUCUGGUGGCUCGUUGUGGCCUACACCAUGCUGGUGCUGAUCUCCAUCUACACUUACCAGUUUGAAGACUUCCCUCAGUACUGGAGAAACUUCACUGGUUUCACAGAAGAACAGUUGGCAGCCAUUGGUCUAGAGACGUUUGCCCUGUCUGAACUCUUCACCAGUAUUCUGAUCCCUGGCUUCUUCCUGCUGGCCUGUAUUCUGCAGCUGCACUACUUCCACAAACCCUUCAUGAGAAUCACUAACUUGGAACAUGUUACACCUAUACACAAGAAGAAGAACAGUGAGAAGACUGAGCAGAUUGGCUCUGAUAAUGUGGGUGGGAACCUUGAAGAGGAAGACCUGGUGACUAACAUGGAUGAGGUAUCUGAAAAUGAAGUGGAGUUGAUGCCCAGUAAGUGGGGUCUGGUGAUGGACAGGUUACUGGUUCUAUCCAGAAGAUUCUCUGACAAUCUGACCAAAGUUCAAGUGUUUCUCUGGAGGCUUUUGGAGCUCCACAUCCUCAAGAUGGUGGCCUUCUUCUCUGUGUGGGUUGCACUUGAGGAGCCAUCUGUGAUGAACCUGGUCCUGGUGGUGUUAUGGUCUCUGGCGAUGCCCUACGGUCGCUUCAGACCCAUGGCUUCCUGUCUGUCUACAGUCUGGGUGUGUGUCAUCAUCGUGUGUAAGAUGCUGUACCAGCUCAGUGUUGUCAACCCCAUUGAGUACUCCAGUAACUGUAGCCUGCCUUUAACAAAUGAAACCAACCUGUUACCAGAAGAGAUGAUGAACUCCUCUCUGUACAAGGAGCCAGUGGAUCCAGCCAACUGGUUUGGCAUCAGGAAAGAUGCCACUGUGCUGGGAUACAGCAAGAACCAUUUAAUAGUGCUGAUGUUGUUGGUGUUCGAAGCGACAGUGUAUCGUCACCAGACUCACCACUACCGUCAGCUGCAACGAUCUCCCCCCACCAUCCCCGCUCUGUUCCCUGCCGCCACCAGGGACACUCUAAACCAGGGCCUCAUACCCUGCUUCAAGUACCUGCUCAACCACACCUUCUACAAGUUUGGAUUAGAGAUUUGUUUCCUGAUGACGGUGAAUGUGAUUGGCCAGAGGAUGAACUUCUUGGUGAUAGUCCAUGGUUGUUGGUUGGUAGCCAUCUUGGUGAAGCGGCGGCGGGAAGCUAUCGCCAGGAUCUGGCCCAGAUACUGUCUCUUCCUGUCCAUCUUCAUGAUCUACCAGUAUCUACUGUGCGUGGGCAUACCGCCUGCUCUCUGUAUAGACUACCCAUGGCGGUGGAACACUCCAGUCUUGAUUAACUCAGCUCUCAUUAAAUGGAUUUAUCUGCCUGACUUCUACACUGUGCCUAACUCCAAAAACCUGAUAGCGGACUUUGUGCUGCUGAUGUGUGCGUCGCAGCAGUGGAAGGUGUUUGAGUGUGAGCACACAGAGGAGUGGAUGGUUCUGGCAGGCGAGAACACAGAUGACCCUGAACCCAUGGAAGGUCGACCGUUUAAUCCUGCACCCAACUUCAUUAACUGCAGGAGUUACCUGGACAUGGCUAAAGUUCUGGUGUUUCGUCACUUCUUCUGGUUUGUGCUGUCAGUGGUCUUCAUCACUGGGGCCACCAGGAUCUCUGUGUUUGGCCUGGGCUACCUGCUCGCCUGCUUCUUUUUUCUGCUGUUUGGAACCCAGCUAUUGGUCAAACCCUCCAGGACCCGCCUCGCCCUGUGGGACUGUCUCAUCAUCUAUAACGUGGCAGUCAUUAUAUCUAAAAAUAUGUUAUCAAUCCUGGCAUGUGUGAUUGUAUUUGAGAUGCAGAAGAGCUUCUGUUGGGUGAUUCAACUCUUCAGCCUGGUUUGCACAGUCAAAGGAUAUUAUGACCCGAAAGCAGUGAGCGACAAGACCUGCAGCCUCCCUGUAGAGGAGGCUGGGAUCAUCUGGGACAGUAUCUGUUUUCUCUGCCUGUUACUUCAGAGGAGAAUCUUCCUCAGUUUCUACUUCCUGCAUGUGACAGCAGAGCUGCAGGCUUCUGCCAAACAGGCCUCGAGGGGGUUUGAGCUCUUUAGAGCCAGUAUUGUGAAGAACAUUAAGUUCAGCCAACAAGCUGAGAGGAAGUCUCUGUCACAGCUCAAGAGAUCGAUGCAGAGAAUUCGCUCCAAGCAGCAGAAAUACAGAGAUGGACACAAAACAAGUGAAGACUCCAACGAGAGUCAGACUGCUGAGACCCAAACAGAAAAGAAGAAGUCCAGGAAGGAAAAGUGGUAUCAGCCGUGGUUAGACCAUGCUAAAGUGCUUCAUUCAGGAGAGUACUACCUGUUUGAAUCAGACAGUGAGGAUGAAGAGGAGAUGCAGUCUGAAGAACAAAAGCCUCAGAAACAGACUGCCUGUCAGCUGGCAUACCAGGCGUGGGUAACCAGUGUUAAAACAGCUCUUAGAGAACGUCAGAGACACCAACGACAGUUGAGGAAGAUUGAGCAAAAAGAGAGAGAGGGAGAAGGAAGAGUGGAUUCACAGAAGGAAGCUUUCUCUGUGAUAGGUUGUAGGGACAACGAUGUGUUUGAGGACUCUAUCAUUCAGGAGGAGGUGGAGGAGGAACAGGAGUCUGGUCACGGUGAGAUGGUUCAGAGGAUCUUGGAUAUGCUGCGAUUCUUAUGGGCCGUAGUUUUGGCCAUGGUGGAUGGACUGACUCAGUGGCUCAACCUGCUGACUAAACAGUACAGAGAUACAUCUACCGUUCUGUGCAAUGAACGCUACUCUAUCAUACACAAGAUACAGCAGCACGAUACAGCAGCAGACUCCACAGAUGACCAGCUAUCUCAGGGCAGUGAGAGUCCCACACUGGAGACCUGUUUGGAUGAGACUGAUGCAGAAAACUCCAUUGGAUACAGCUGCCUAGAGGUGGAUAGCAGGGGUGUGACAGGCCAGUCUACCCCCAAGCCAAGGCACAAUAGCACUGGGAAUCUCUUGAGUCCCGAACCCUCAUCCAGCAGCAUGGAGCUGUUACCAGAGCCAUCCAAACAACCACACAGACACUCCAGAACAGCCAGCGAGCUGCUGGGAGACAGGCAGAUCUUCAUCGAGGAGCUGGAAGAGAGCAGAGAGUUCUAUAACAAACAGAGCCGUCUGCUGAAGCUGCUGUUUGCCAUGUACAACCUGCUGGCAGCAAACUCGGAGCUAGUUUGCUAUUUCAUCAUAGUGUUAAACAAUGUGGUCAGUGCCUCUGUGAUAUCACUGGUCCUGCCCAUACUGGUGUUCCUAUGGGCUAUGCUGGCUGUUCCAAGACCAACCAAGAGGUUUUGGAUGACUGCUAUUGUCUACACAGAGGUGAUGGUUGUGGUGAAAUACCUUUUCCAGUUUGGCUUCUUUCCAUGGAACAGUGUUUAUGAGAUGACUCUAAAUGAAGACAAGCCUUUCUUCGCACCUCGCAUCCUGGGCUUAGAGAAGGCUGACAACUACAUCAGAUAUGAUCUUCUUCAGCUGCUGGCUUUAUUCUUUCACAGAUCCCUGCUCAUGCGUUAUGGUCUGUGGGACCAUGAGGGCCCCCUGGAGGAGCAGAGCCCCUCACUUGAAAGUUGUAUGGGUGAAGUGAAAACUAAAGAAAGAAAUGAAGAUGGGAGGAGGCAGGAGGGAGGAGGAGAAGAGGAGGAGGAGGGCAGAGUUAGCUCAACAUCCACCCUGGACAACCUGGAAAUGACUGAACUGAACCAACUUGAAAAGGAUAACAUGGACUAUGUUGAACUGAGUGCCAGCUCUGCUGGUGCUAUCCAACAACCCCCUGAAGCUGAAGCAGAACCCACUGGGUCAAAAGAUGGAAAGGACUCGUUGAAUCCUCCCAGCAGGCCGAGUGAGGAUAAAAUGGAGGGAGACAAUGAGAAGGUGAUAGAGGAAGUCCCAAAGAAAAGCAGCAUUAUCCGCUUCCGCAGGAAACCUAAACAACCCAAACAACAGCACAGCAAAGUUCUACCUGUUCCAGUGGAUUACACAGCUGAGACUGCAUAUCACAAUAAAGAACCAGUUAAGAAGCACAAAGGUAUAAGGACAGAGAAAGCCAAACAGAGAUUGCUGGCUGUGGGACACAAGAUAAAAUAUGUCUUCAUGUCUGGUAUUCAAAGUGUUUACAGGCCGGCUCAGGGUUUCUUCAGUGAUAUUCUCCACGCUGAAUAUCGGGCUGCCACCGAUGUCUAUGCACUCAUGUUCCUGACUGAUGUCAUUGACUUCAUCAUCGUCGUCUUUGGCUUUUGGGCCUUUGGGAAACACAGUGCAGCAGCUGAUAUAGCCUCCACGCUGUCAGAGGACCAGGUUCCUGAGGCCUUCCUGGUGAUGCUGCUCAUCCAGUUCAGCACCAUGAUCAUUGACAGAGCCUUGUACCUGCGCAAGGCUGUCUUGGGAAAACUCAUCUUCCAGGUGAUCCUUGUGUUUGGGAUCCACCUGUGGAUGUUCUUUAUCCUGCCUGCUGUCACUGAAAGGAUGUUCAAUCAGAACUUUGUGGCCCAGCUCUGGUACUUUGUCAAGUGUAUUUACUUCGGCCUGUCAGCCUAUCAGAUCCGCAGUGGGUAUCCCACUCGUAUCCUCGGCAACUUCCUCACCAAGAAAUACAACCACCUCAACCUGUUUCUCUUCCAAGGGUUUCGCCUGGUGCCAUUCCUGGUGGAGCUGCGAGCGGUGAUGGACUGGGUUUGGACGGACACAACUCUGUCUCUGUCAAACUGGAUGUGUGUGGAAGACAUUUAUGCCAACAUCUUCAUCAUUAAAUGCAGCCGUGAGACAGAGAAGAAAUACCCACAGCCUAAAGGGCAGAAGAAAAAGAAGAUAGUGAAAUAUGGCAUGGGUGGACUCAUCAUCUUCUUCUUGAUCUGCAUCAUCUGGUUUCCCCUGCUCUUCAUUUCACUGGUCAGAUCUGUGGUUGGUGUGGUCAACCGCCCCACUGAUGUCACAGUGACCGUCAAGCUGGGAGGAUAUGAGCCCCUGUUUACCAUGAGCGUGCAGCAGCAGUCCAUCCAGCCCUUCACAGAGACUGAAUAUGAACAACUCACCAAAAAGUUUGGAGAUAAUGCGGUAGCCAUGCAGUUCAUCACUCUCUACAGUUAUGAGGACAUUGUGACGGCCAUGAUUGAAGGUAGUUCAGGAUCAGUAUGGAGGAUCAGCCCCCCCAGCAGACAGGAAGUCAUUAAAGAACUACUUGGAAGUCCUGUUGACCUAACACUACGCCUGGCCUGGACUUUCCAGAGGGACCUGGGUAAAGGAGGGACGGUGGAACACACCUCUGACAAAUAUUCUAUAGACCUGGAACCUGGGAGUCCAGUCAGAGCCGAUCUGGCCUCACUAUUGGUUGGAAAUCGCACUGAACCUGUGCAUGUUCCUAAUAUGUUCCCUAACUACAUCCGUGCCCCCAAUGGAGCUGAGGCCAAACCAGUCAGUCAACUAUAUAAAGAUAAUGAAGAUGGUUACCUGAAUAUAACCCUGUCCUUGAUGAGUGACAGGUCACUGCAUGAAAGUAGAAACCAGGAGUGGUGGAACAUUGCCAUCUCAGGCUGUGCCCCCUCCUCAUGUGGGGUUCUACCCAUGGUCAUAUUCAAUGACAAAGUCAGUCCACCCAGCCUGGGCUUCCUGGCUGGAUAUGGCAUCAUGGGUCUGUACGUGUCUGUGGUCUUAGUCAUUGGGAAGUUUGUGCGUGGCUUCUUCAGUGAGAUCUCCCACUCCAUCAUGUUUGAGGAGCUGCCCUGUGUGGACCGCAUCCUGAAGCUCUGCACAGACAUCUUCCUGGUGCGUGAGACAGGAGAGCUGGAGCUGGAAGAGGAACUUUACUCCAAACUGAUCUUCCUCUAUCGAUCUCCAGAGACUAUGAUCAAAUGGACCAGGGACAUUCACAGCCGAGACCAAGACAGAUACUGAUGACUGACUGACUUAUUAUAUUUGGCUGUAAUCUGAAGCACACUGCAAAGAUGUCCCGGGGACAGCUCAUGGAAAGGCUUCAUGACAACCCUACUUACAAGAGUGGACAUUGACUUUACAGCCAAGGAGAAACAUGAAAGGAGAUGCACACUAAUAUAUAUACUGGAUGACACAUCUUGUGUUGUUGUUCUUCCCAGCUCCCUAGGCACUUUCAUCACUCCACCUUACACUACAGGCUAUUGAGAAUGGGAUUGCAGUCCCACUGUGGGUGGGGUUGAUGGCAGCAGUAUGUCUACAGGAUUGGAUAUAAUGUCCCUGGAAGGCAAGAUUAGUAGUCAAAUUGAGCUGUGUUUGUUAAUGUUCAGAGGUUAAAGGUCAAACACAAAAGAUAUUUCAUUCCUGACCUCUGUGCAUUUGAGGCACCCAGGCUGAGUGACCAUGUGGCAGAAACCUGAAAGUAAUUGUAGGUUGAACCAACUGUAGUUACUGCAUCAGUAUGCUGACUGAUUUUAAAACAUGCUAUGCUGUCAAUCAAACUUAAAAAUGUUUUUAAAAGCAUUAAUUCUUGUAAAAGUAACAAUCAUGCCAUAAAGCAAACAUGUUCAUUUUACUUUACAUCAUGAACCGAGGUUUGACAAAAAAAGGAUGAUUUAAAAGACCAUUUUUACUUAUUUUUUACCAAGUUAGAGUUUGCCAAGUUCUGAGUUUCUUCAAGACCACCACAUGAACCAGGUUCAGGGGCAAUAGAUAAGACAGGUUGGUGAGAGAGCUUUGGAUCAGGCUUCUGGAAAAUAAGUUUGCUGAUGUAGUUCCUGCUGGUUGCCAUUAGACACUUCAAAAAAGCAGCUAAAAAGUAUAUGCAGCAGAGCACAAACACAUGCACAAACACACAUAUCUCAAUAAAACAACUCAAACAAUUGAAAGUGCUAUGUGUUUGGCACAUUAAGUUACUGGUUGCUCCUUUAAUUAUAGUCCAUGACACCCUCCGACAAAUGUUUGAUUUGAAUGUGUCCAGGUAAAGGUGUUUGGUAAAAAUUGGAAUGUUAUGUUUAACCAUAAACAUUUUGGGUUAAAGUACUGGUUCUGCGCUGAGAUGUUGAUAUAAUAUAUAUUUGUACUAUGUCAAUAUGUCUUUGGUUCAACAUGCUGCACAUGUAGAGUCUGACAGAGAACUGUAGUGCUUGCAAGGUAUGCAGUCAAAUCAUGUAAAUUAAAAUCUCACCAGGGUUGGCUUAGGGUUUUAAUGACCCUCUGUACUAUUAUGCAAUAGUAAUAUAGCAGGGACAGCAGCUCAGCUAUGACACAGACAUCUAACAGUCAGAUACUUUUCAAUCAGAUGUAGCCCAGGAACAACCUAGAUCUUUUAACGCCAGCAGUCGCUUUAAGUGGUUGGUUGUAACAGGAGAUUCAUUGUGUAUCUCUUGGUUUAUGGUCAUUUGUGUAAGUGCAAAUAAAUUUGAGAAUAUGAACCACUAAGACCCAAUAUUAAACUAGGAUGGCACCUAGUUCACCAUACCUCCGCCAACGUGAAAAAUGCCCUAUCUCCCAAUGUUAAGGAAAGUGAUAAAAAAUUCCUGCAUCUGACAUUUUAACUUGGUCCCCACCAAAAUGUAAUGGGUUCUUCACUAGCCCAUGCCUUUUCCCUCCACCAAGUUCGGUGGAAAUCAGUUCAGUAGUUUUCGUGUAAUCCUGCUGAUAAAUAAACCAGCAAACAAACUAACAAACAGACACAGGGGAAAACCGAACCUCCUUGGCAGAGAUAAUGAUCAUGGCCUUAAAGUGGAUCAAUGAAAGUGCAAUGUUGAAAAGUUCUACAAGUUUCUACUGACGAUCAUGUUUUUUACAUGGUACAUAUUCCUAAAUAAAUGUCUUUUAACCAAACUACACAAUAAACAGGUUAUCCCUGGGCCCCCUGACUCCUUAAUCCAGCCACUGCUCUCAGCAGUAUGUUCAACUGUUUCCUCACAUUUGUAUCAGAAAUGUCAUAAAUCUUUUUCCUAGUAUUUUCUUCUACAAUACUUGCUGCUGGACUCCUAUAUCCUCCAGAUUUUAAAACCGAUUUUGAAUCUGGAGACAAAUAGUUAUCAUGUUGAGGUGGAAAAUGAAAUGGAAAUAUGGAGUACAUGGCAUAAACAUAAAGCUUCCAAGUUAAAAAGCAUCUGUCACUAUUUAUCCUGUUGCUUUCAUUUUCUACCUGAAUGUACAGACAUUAUUUUUGUUUAACUACAACUCUGAUUUAAACAUCAAAAAUACAACAUGUUCUUACUGUAUAAGAAAAAGAUUUUGGUUUUACACCACAACAAAUGACUGAAAAAUGACUGAAAGACAAGGGAGAGGAGAUAUAGUUAAACCAACAAUGGUAUUGUGUAAGCAAUAGAAUUUAAUAAAUACAUAUUUAACUAGCCAUUCAUCUUUAGUGAGGAGGGAAAUAGAUUUGAAUGUAGUCUUUCUUAUUUUAAAGACAUGUCUGUGCAUUGGUAAGGUUCUGAGCAACAAAAGUACUUACUGUAUCUUUCACUGACUUGUUUUUGUCCUCCAAGUGUAAUAUAAGGCUGUGUUGGUAGUCUAAACAGAAAGAAAUACUCAAAAAACCUAUAGGUGCAACCUCUUCCAAACUCUGAGAUGUCUGUUGCUGUAACUUGUCAGAGAUAAAGCACCUGAAGGGAAAAAAUUAUGCUAAGGAAUCUAAGUGGCUGAUGACUGUGAAAAAGUCCACUAGCUAAUAA